AUGUAAGUGUAAAAGAUACAUCCUUCUAACGCCGUUAAUUUACACAUAUCUCCAUUGACAAACGCAAAAUACCAAACUUACGUAAAACUCCAGGCAAUAUAUCAGGUAUUCCGCACACCUAUCCAAACUCUGAACAUAACGAAGUUCCCAAGAAAACAGGGAGAAAAGUAAGGAAGUUUUGUAUUAACUGUUGCAACUGAUUUAAAGUAAACAAAAUUGCAAAUAUUCUUUAAUCAGUGACGUACAAAUUUGAAAAGGUAAAUAGUAAGAAGGAAACAAAGGUUGAAAGUGACAAAUGAAUAAAGCGACCACUGGUUUAGUAUAAAGAAAUUUCGCAGACAUAGGAAACUACCACAAUGCAGCAAAAAUUGAACAUAAGCAGAUGGUGUACGUCAGCAACAGAUCAAGAAACAAACCCCGAUCUGGGAUUGGUACUAUCAAAGUAACAGACUGAACGAAAAACUGAUGGUUGGAAAAGAAGAAAAUUUACAGUACUCGUAUGGAGCGUCGAAUUUAGCGAUGACGACGUUAUUUGUUAUUCUUAGAUUAUCCAAGGACCAUGUUAGACUUUGAGACAGCGUUUCAAAUUAUCAUAGCGAUUUAUAUGUAAUAAAAUUCUUCCUCUGGAUAAAAAUGGCUAGUACGUUUCACCAGGUCCAGAGCAAACAAAAGCGUGCCUGCUGGAUGUUGGAUCUAGAAAGACUCCCGUAUAUUGUCACAUGACCAGUCAAGGGCUUGAUGCAUGCGGAGGAGGUGGAUGGACGCUGGUCAUGAAGAUCGAUGGCUCAAAGGUGUUUAAAGAUCAAUGUUUUCACAUCUAGCUUGGUUUGUCAUCACUUAAUUUUCAUUCUAAAGACAAAAUUACAGUGCAAGUCCAGAGUCAAGUUAAAGGGGUAAGACAGGAAAUCUGGUGAGGUUAGGUUUAAAAAUUGUUGAAUCAAUGAUGUAUCAACUCACUGUAAGCAGUAACAGACAAAGUAUGAGUAGGAUAAUAGGAGAUUGACAUAAUAAGGACUUACAGAGUUCAUUGCUGUUUUUUGUGUUCUCAAAAAACAUUUCACUACAAUUCUAAACUGUGGAGCAACAAAGUGGACUUCAGCCUUCCAGGAGGGAAGACUGGGUUGGACGCUCACGAGACCAAGUUACCGACUUAUUGGAACACGCCGUUUAACAAGAUCUGUCUUGCAAUGAAGAUAGGUCAGCAGUUCAAGUCUGUUGUCAUCAAUCAUCAAGCCAGAUCCAUGUAG